CGGCUCUUCUUCUCUCCAACACCAGCCCUCCUUCUUCCUCCCGUCUUCCCCUCUGUUCUUCCCCAAAAAAAUUCCUUCUCUCUGUUGAUCGACCGCGUUUUCACCUCCUUUUAAUGAUGAUGACGACGGUGUUUUUUCAUUGAUUAUUGGAUUUAUUGCUAUACUUUUUCCCUAACAAAGAAUACAAAUCACUUUUUAGGGUUCCUCUCCCCCUCCAUCACUGCGCAACAGCUGUAAAAUCCCCAAUCGUUUCCCCAGUUUCCGUUGUUUUUUGUUUGAAAUCCAGUUUUGGCCGGAGUUUGUGUAUGGUGAUUUCACUCGGACGCGCGUUGAAAUUCACCAAGCUUGGAAUAUAUUUUUUAUCCUUGUGGAAUUUUCCCUGUAGAACUCCGGAGCUGGUUUCAUGGCCACAGAGAGCCGGCCGUACGGUCUUAAUCAUAGACUAGAUAUUGAGCAGAUACUGUUAGAAGCACAACACCGUUGGCUGCGCCCAGCUGAAAUAUGUGAAAUACUUACAAAUUACCAGAAAUUUCGGAUUGCUCCUGAGCCUCCAAACAGGCCUCCAAGUGGUUCACUCUUUCUUUUUGAUCGCAAGGUGUUGAGAUAUUUUCGGAAAGAUGGGCACAACUGGAGGAAGAAAAAGGAUGGGAAGACUGUGAAGGAAGCUCACGAAAAACUCAAGUCUGGAAGCAUUGAUGUCUUGCAUUGUUAUUAUGCUCACGGAGAAGGGAAUGAAAACUUCCAGAGGCGCAGCUAUUGGUUGCUUGAAGAGGAGCGGUCAAACAUUGUUCUAGUCCACUACCGUGAAGUAAAGGGUAGCCGGAUGAACUUUAACCGUACUAGAGAACCUCAAUUAGCUAUUCCCGCUUUUCCAGAAGGUGAAGAUGUGAACAGCUCUGAAGGAGGCAGUACAGUUUCUUCAAAAUUCCACCAAUAUGAUUACCAAGUGGCGUCACAUUGUACAGAUACCGCUAGCCUUACCAGUGCUCAAGCCUCUGAAUAUGAAGAGGCAGAAUCAGUGUACAAUAAACAAUCAACGUCUGGGGCCUACUCUUCCACUGAGUUUCAGGCAAAUAUAAUCCCAAAGGCUGAAGAUGGACUUUCUGCUCAUUAUCCAGUCUCUUCCUCAAAUGAUCAACAAGGCUAUUUUCCCGCAAUUUCUGGUAUAGGCCUCCCUUCAAUCACACAUGGAAACCAGAACAGCAACAGUUCUAGUGCUUAUAUCCCUGAUUUCCCAUCAUGGGAUACUAUAUUAAAAAAGAACACCCCAACUUAUGGAUCUAUACAAUUUCAACCCUCACUUUCCCCAUCUCAAUCUGUUGGAAUAAGCAAUGUGAAUGGACAAGGAAGUUCUAUGAUUUCCUUCACAAAUGACUUCAGUGAUAAACUUCAGCAUCAAAAACAUUUCCAUUCCCCAGAUGAAUGGCAGAUAUCUAAGGGUGAUUCUUUGCAAUCAACAAAGUGGUUCAUGGAUCAGAAAAUUGAACCAAAUCAAGCAUUUGAUUUCACUAGCAAAUUAGUUAAAGAGAACUACAGUGAGAACUUUAUAAAAGCAGAGUUAAAUAGUGAUCCCAAUGUGGAGGUAAAAACUGACCAUUUGAGUGCGAAGCAACCUUUGUUAGAUAGUGUUCUAAAACAAGGGCUGAAGAAACUUGAUAGCUUCGACCGUUGGAUCAGUAAGGAACUAGAAGAUGUAAAUGAGGAGACACAUAUGCAAUCAUGUUCUGGAAGUUAUUGGGAGAAUGUUGGGAAUGGAGAUGGAGUAGAGGAAUCCCCUAUUUCAUCUCAAGUGCAGUUAGACACGUAUGUGCUUAGCCCAUCACUGUCGCAGGAUCAGUUCUUCACCAUCCUUGAUUUCUCACCAACUUGGGUGUAUGCUGGAACAGAGACCAAGGUUCUAAUUACUGGAAAAUUUUUAUUGCCUCGCCCAGAAGUGGAGAAGUAUACUUGGGCAUGUAUGUUUGGUGAUUUGGAAGUUCCAGCUGAGAUCAUUGCAGAUGGGGUUCUUCGUUGCCACACACCUUUUCAAAAUCCCGGGAGGGUUCCGUUCUACAUAACAUGUUCCAAUAGGUUAGCAUGUAGUGAAGUGAGAGAAUUUGACUUCUGUGUUGGUGAAAAUCAAGAUGUUGGGAUUGGUGAAAACAGCAGUUGCUCCAGUGAAGAAAUUCUUCUUCAUAUGAGAUUUGUGAAGUUUUUAUCUUCGGGGUGUUCUGGGUCCCUCAACUCUAUACCUAAUAGCAAUAUGGAUGAGAUGUCUCAUGUAAUUAGUAAAAUCAAUUCUUUGUUGAAAGAAGAAAACAGUGAAUGGGAAAACAUGUCGCAUUUCACAUCGGGAGACAUGAUGCUACGGAAGCUUCUAAAAGAGCACUUAAGAAAUUGGCUCAUCCAAAAAGUUGGUGAAGGUGAUAAAGGUGCUAAUGUAAUAGAUGAGAAUGGUGUAGGAGUUCUUCAUUUUGCAGCUGCUCUUGGCUAUGAUUGGGCUGUACCACCAACUUUAGCUGCGGGAGUAAAUGUUAAUUUUAGGGAUGCGAAUGGAUGGACAGCACUCCAUUGGGCUGCAUUCUAUGGAAGAGAACGGAUGGUAGGAUGCCUGAUCUCUUUAGGAGCAGCCCCGGGCCUUGUGACCGAUCCUACUCCUCAACACCCUUCCGGUAGAACACCUGCCGACCUGGCAUCCAGCAGUGGGCAUAAAGGAAUUGCCGGUUAUCUGGCAGAGUCUGCCUUAAGCACACACCUCGGUUUCCUCAAAUUGAAGGAAAACAAGGAGGACAGAAAUGCCAAAGACUUCAGUAUGUUUAGAGAUCCAAAUGCGGUGCAAAUGGUUUCUGAGCGGGUUGCUACUCCAGUCAGUGAUGGCGAUUUACCUGAUGGACUGUCACUGAAAGACUCACUGGCUGCUGUCCGCAAUGCAACCCAAGCUGCUGCCCGGAUCCAUCAAGUCUUCAGGGUGGAGUCAUUCCAGAGGAAGCAGAUGAAGGGCUAUGAUGAAGAGCAGGCUCUUGCAUCACUUAUUGGUGUGAAGAACAGGACAGUACAACACCAUGAUGAACCAUCUCAUGCUGCUGCAAUAAGGAUACAAAACAAAUACCGCAGUUACAAGGGAAGAAAAGAGUUUCUUCUGAUUCGGCAGCGUAUCAUCAAAAUUCAGGCUCAUGUUAGAGGGCACCAAGUCAGGAAGAACUAUGGAAAGAUUAUAUGGUCUGUGGGGAUACUGGAGAAAGUAAUUCUGAGAUGGAGGCGUAAAGGAAGCGGUUUGCGAGGAUUUAGAUCAGAAACAACACUCAUUGAAGGGGGCAAAGGCAUGGUUAGCCAACCCGUUCAAGAGGACGACGAGUACGACUUCCUAAAACAAGGUAGAAAACAAACUGAGGUUAGGUUGGAGAAAGCCCUUGCCAGGGUUAAAUCCAUGGUUCAAUAUCCUGAAGCUAGGGAUCAAUAUCGAAGACUGCUAAACGUCGUCUCUGAAAUGCAAGAAACUAAGAACAACUAUGAUAGGGUUCUCAACAAUCAAAAUGAAGUCGGUGAUUUUGACGAUGAUCUUAUCGACUUGGACACCUUGUUGGAUGAUGAUGCCUUCAUGUCAUUGGCAUCUUGACUCAUCAUGUUUCCUUCCAUAUAGUUAUAUCCCAACUCUCAUUGUGUGUUUGUGUGUGUGUGUGUAUAUAUAUCAUAUAUACCCAUUUAAGUUCAAUACAAUUAUUGUCACUCUAGUUUAUAUAUAGGCCCUUUCAGCUUCACUGACAUAAAAGCUUAGAUGUUUCCUAAUUGUAAUGUGUUGAGUUGGUUAGUGAUUAUGUACACUUACUAGUUUACUACUAUU